AAAUAGCGAGGCGCUUUGGCGGAGUGGUUAACGCGAUGCCCUGCUAUAUUUUCGAUAUACCGGUAGGCAUUUCCUUCGGGAGCGCAGGUUCGAAUCCUGCAGGCGUCGCUUCUAACAAAUGUCAUCAAAUUUCAUUUUUUACCUUUUAUUUUCAAUGGAUGGUUUCUUCUUCUUUUUACUCGUUCACAACUUCACAUUCCGUUUUAUAAGGCAAGCAACUUCAUUUCUAGUGUCCAAUUAAUUAGUCUAGGGAGGAGCGAAGAUUCUAAUCCCCGACUUAAUAAUCAAUCAUUUUUAUGAGAAGACCCGAUAAUUCUAGUUAACUACUGUUUCUUUUAUAGGAUCUUUUCAUUUCGAAGAUCACGAUGUGUUUCUUAUUAGCGAAGAGAUAAACGAAUCACGUAGUUGAAUACGGCGUAUAUGCACACUCGGUUCUCAGCGAACUCAUCACGGUCGCAAUCUGAUUCGCUUAACAUGUUGAAAUUUCAUCAUCGGUCUUUAGACGACAAUACUUCGCGAUAACAUAUCUUCUCAUCUUGGGAAUAAAUACCAGGUCAAUUCCGGCGGUUAUGUUUGAUACUCGUGAAUUCUCAUCAGUUCAAUUCCUCAUCUAACCGCCUACAUUCACGGAUAGCAACAUCAAUUAGAAAGCCCCUGAAAAGCCCCCUACCCGAGAUACUUAUCUAUAAUCCCAGUCAUCGCGGCAUUUCUUAGGGAUAUCCACCUAUAAGUGCCAUUGACGAUGGGGGCAAAACCUCAGGCUAUCGAGGUGCCGAGUAAACUUCAGUUUUCUCGCUCCACGAGAAUCCUACUCUGGGUCAUCCUACCGGCCAUCUUUAUCGCUCUCGGUAUCUCAUCACCCCUGACGGCGCUGCUUUCCUUGUUCGUCCUAACCCCGACGUUCUUUCUGCUACGGUAUGACCGCGCGCGUCCCGUAGACCAAAGGACGGAUAUCGAGACCUUCGUUUGGACGUAUGUGCUCGUCGGCACCGUUGGCGUUUUCGCUGUCAUUGUUGUCCAGUCCCUCUUAUUUUACCUAUUCAGCUAUGCGCUGUUCCCGUCCUCGGCGCCUACCAUUCUCGCCGAGUUCGCAAGGGGUGAGGGUGAAGUCGCUAGCCUAAAUGCCGAGACGUUAGCUGCGAGGAGACAGAUAGCCGGUAGUUGGCAGUAUUGGGCCUUCAUGUUCUUGUUUGCGUACUUCGGUGCUAGUAUUCCGGAAGAGCUUCUCAAGUAUUCUGGAUUGGUAUAUGCUCGACGUCGGGGGCGCAUUACGCACGAGCAUAACUAUAUUACGUUGGCAGCUGCAGCCGCUCUGGGCUUCAGCACCUUCGAGAACAUGGGGUUCAUCUAUGCUGCCGUGCAGGAGAAUAAGGGCGUUGCGCAUCUUGCGUUAGCCAUUGUUGAGCGCGUACUUAUCGGUUCGCCCAUGCAUCUCAUGGGCGGCCUACUCAUCGGCCUAGGCACCGCCGGCCGGGACUUCCGCGGGAAAACCUCGAGUCUAGCACAUAUCAUAGGUCUUCCCGCCCUCAUCCACGGGGCCUGGGACUUCUCCCUAUUUGGCACCAGUGCCUUAAACGGGAAUGUUGGAUGGAUCCACCCAUACGGAAAGUCGUUACUGGUUGUUCUCGUUAUUGCUAUCAUCGUCGAAGGUACGCUGCUUCUCGUGGUUCGGAGACGAUUUGCUACCUGGAAUUCUCAUGAGAGUAAAACGAAGUAGAUGGCCCACGAGGGGGAAUGUUAGUGUACGAAGGAGAAUGUAUUUUAUCGAUAGACUCAGCUCAGUACUUGAAUACUUAAAUGAUACCCUGCUCCUUAU